AUGUUCGCACAACGCGUGGUUCGUCCAGCUUCGGUGCUGGCUCGCCCCUUCAGUUCCUCUGUUGCUGCCUUCCGUGCCCCUUCCAUCCGUGAUCUCACCCCCGACUCGGCUGCUGAGUUUAACGCACGGCAAAAGGAGUUUCGCGAGAACCUUGAGGUGUCUCGCAAGAAGAGAGAACAGCAAGAGAGUCAGUCUGUCGAUGCUUCUGCUUCUUCCUCUGCAUCAUCCCCUUCAAUUCGUGACCGCUUCCGUGAGUACGCUACCGCUCCCACUGCUCCGCUCGAGAGCAAUGGAAGCUGUAACAACAGCCCCGACCUUGAAGCUGCAGACGUACCUGUUGGGAAGGCAUUGGGCUCACUCUCUACUUAUCAUAAACUAGAAGACGAACAGCUGCUGGAAUCUAGCCAGUCUCCGAAACGCGGUCCGCUGUCGUCGCUCAUCUACGGAACGAAGGAAGGCCAGCAGCUCGACAAGGACAUCGAACGGUCGUUCUCGCAAGUGCUCGCCCGAGGCAAAUACGUCCAUUCCAUUGUCUUCCACGAUGUCAAGCCCGACAAAGUCGAUGAAUAUGUCAACCUCGUUGGCCAGUGGUAUCCUCGCAUGGCGACCGAGCCCGAGAACAGGGUCAACCUAGUCGGAAGUUGGCGUACCCAAGUCGGCGACAACGACACUUUUGUCCACAUCUGGGAAUACCAGCGAUACGAAGGUUACCACGCAUCCUUGCACAAUAUCGCCUCUCAUCCCGAGUUCGAAGCCUUUGACCGGAAGCUGAAGAGCUUGAUCAAGAGCAAGAAGACGUCACUCAUGCAGGAGUUUUCCUUCUGGCCCACAACCCCUCCCCGACGCCUCGGUGGCUUGUUCGAACUUCGCUCAUAUACUCUUCACCCUGGGAAUCUCUUGGAGUGGGAGACACAUUGGCGUCGCGGCCUCACCGCCCGUCGUGAGGUCAUGGAGGGAGUCGGUGCUUGGUUCGUGCAGAUCGGAGACUUGAACACAGUGCACCAUCUCUGGCAAUUUGCCAACCUGGAGGAGCGGAAGAUUCGCCGCGAACAGUCCUGGGGCAUUGAAGGCUGGGCGGAGACCGUGCACAAGACCGUCCCAUUGAUCCAGAGCAUGCAGAGCCGGAUCUUGAUCCCGAUGCCGUGGAGCCCUGUCGGCUAA